UCAGCAAGUACGAUAGUUGCAGUAUUUAACGUGAGCAUACUAUGAACAUGUUAUGUUACUGUUGGCAUUGGCAUUGCAUAAGAGAUAGAGUUGAAGAUGGUAACUAACUGCGUUUCUUCUUCGCCUCACUUUCUUUCAAUUCCAACUCGUGUAAGAGAAAACAGAAUACCCACUUUGGUGGCAAUGCUAUUCUCUUCUUCUUCUUCUUCACUGCUUCUGCCUCCAACGCUCUUCAAGUGCUUAUGUGCUUCCACUCACUCCCUUCCAACCCCUUCUCCCUCCCUCCACAAGUGGGAACCUUUCCUCAAGAAAAAGGUCGUAAUGAGAGUUGGAUAUGUUGGAACCGAUUUUAGAGGUCUGCAGAUGCAACGGGAUGAACAUAGGUUAUCCACUGUCGAGAAGGAACUGGAAACGGCGAUAUUCAAGGCCGGUGGCAUGCGUGAUAGUAAUUUUGGGGACUUGAACAAAGUGAAAUGGGGCAGAAGUAGCAGGACUGAUAAAGGAGUCCACUCUCUGGCAACAAUGAUAGCCUUUAAGAUGGAAAUCCCUGAGAAUGCAUGGAAAGAUGACGACAAUGGCAUUGCACUUGCAAACCGCAUUAACUCUUAUCUUCCUAGUACUAUCAGGGUUUUUAGCAUAUUGCCUUCAACGAAGAGAUUCGACCCUAGAAGAGAGUGCAAUUUGCGGAAAUAUUCUUAUCUCCUCCCUGCUGAUAUAAUAGGAAUCCAGAGUCAUUUUAGCGAGGAUGAAAUUGAUUUUCAUAUUUCAGAGUUCAACAGUAUACUUAAUGUUUUUGAGGGUGAGCAUCCUUUCCAUAAUUAUACUGUUAGGUCCAAGUACAGGAAAAAAUACCCUGUAAGGCAAUCAUCUGGAAAUGAUGGCAUGUCAGACAGUAUAGGAUCAGCUAGUUUGGCAUCAACUUGUGAGCCAGAGAGUGAGGAAAUUGAUGAUGAUGAUGAUUUUGUGAGUGGUAGACCAGCCACUGUAAGUGACGAGGAAGAGAGUCACAAGCCUCCAGAGACUACUGAAUCCAAUGGCUUGAGUAGUCAAAACUCUAGUUUAGUAGUUCGUGCAAGAUGGCUAUAUGAACCAGAUGAAGCAGAUAGAUUAAAUGCUUCCCAUUUCAGAAAGGUUUUUCAUUGUUCUUGUGGGAAGUUGGAAACAUCUCUUGGUUACGAUUAUGUUGAGGUCCAUAUAUGGGGAGACUCCUUCAUGUUACAUCAAAUACGCAAAAUGGUUGGGACUGCCGUGGCUGUAAAGCGCAAGUUAAUCCCAAGAGACAUCAUUUUGUUGUCACUCAACAAGUUUUCAAGGAUCGUCCUCCCGCUCGCCCCGCCAGAAGUUCUGAUUCUGAGGGGAAAUGCUUUCAAAAUGAGAUCAAGACCUGGAAGCUUUACACGGCAAGAAAUGGUGUCUAUGGUUGAAUCAGAGCAAAUUCUCGAUGCAGUUGACGAGUUCUACACGUCUGUUGUGUUGCCUGAAGUGUCAAAGUUCCUAGACUCGUCAAAGUCUCCGUGGGAAAAAUGGAUUGAGAAUUUGGAUAGGUAUUCAGGCAUUCCAGAUGUUGAGUUGGAUGAAGUCAGAAAGGCUUGGAAGACAUGGAAGGAAAAUUUCAAGGCAAAGUCAGCAUCAGAUGCAUAGUACAUUGAAGGGCAUCCUUAUCAUUUGCCAAGGUGUAGGAAUGAAUAUCAUACAACUAGUCUAUUUGAAUAUAAGCUUAGAAAAUUUUUUUGGAGAGUUUUUCUAUUGAAAAUAAAGAAUUUUUCUCAAAAGUGUAGUCUUCAAAAAUACUUGUAACUUAUAUUCAAACAAGUUCAACAAGAAGUCAAGCAGGGUAAAUAAUGAUGUUUUGGGUAUAUAAUGAUGUUUUUGUCUUCAAUUGCUAAAUGCUAACUAAUUUUCUUUUAAU